AGUUUAUCGAACCCAACCCAUUCAAGAUGGCGACCUACAGUUGAUCAUAAUGAAAAGGCACACAAAUAUAGGUUAAGACUGUUAUUCGUCUUAAAGUCGAGCGACAUUACAGAUUCCGUUGAUGAGAUUGUAACUUAGAAGUGUUACAAUGGAGCCUAGCGAAGAAAACGUCCAAAUGCUCAUAAAUAUGGGUUUUGGAGACCUUACAGAUAUCAAGAAAGCACUCCGCCUUGCACAGAACGACGUGAACGAGGCAGUGGCUAUUCUCACGCAGGAACAACCGGGUCUGAGUUAUGAAACAGUGGAGGAGGAAACGAAGGAAGCACCGCCACCGGGAACUCUCCGGCGGACAUUUGGACCGCAAAACCGUCUCGCACCCGACCCGCCCCCUCCUUCCUAUGACGAAGCUGUUGAACCAGUGGAGGAUGAAGAUCCUAGCUCCAGCAGCGUGGAAGCAAGAGAGGAGGAGAGUGUGGAAGUUUCCAAGGAGUUCCCUCAAGGAAAUCUUUACGAGCUGGAGGGCAGAGUUUUCACUGACCAGUGGUCAAUACCUUACAAGAAAGAGGAAUCGCUGGGGAAAUGUUUGGUCGCUGCCACCAGAUUAGCCAGUGAAGGUUUGCUGGAGAAUGAUGAGAACUGCGUGCGUUUUGUGAACCGAUGCAUGCCUGAAGCUUUCCGUAAGCUCAUGACUUCCAAGGCAGUUCAUCGAUGGGGCGCUGAGAUCCAUGAAGGCAUCUAUAACAUGCUACAGCUUUUCAUUGAGCUAGUGGCUGUCAGACUCAAAUAUAAACCUGUACCCAUAGAGCUUCUUGAGGUCCUUGGCAUGGCCUUAAACCCAGAGACAGAGUUCCAUUAUAAGAACAGGGCCAAGAAAUGGGACCAUAUAUUCUGGGAAGAGAAGUUUGGUGUGAACAGCACAUUCGCCGUAAGCCCGCCCUUCGAGACGUACAAGGACCCCUGUGGAUGGCUCGUCAAUCUGAUCAAUGCUUUUGCUUACCAUGGAGGUAUGGAUCAGAUUCGAGACAGAGUACUGGAAUCGUUAGAUGACGUGGAUCCUCCGACUCUAUCUACAUUGAUGCAGCCGCUGGGUUACUGUGGAGAGUACCUGAACCCUCUCAAGUUUGCCCCCUUCAUGAGUCAGGUUGAGAAACAGGUCCUCAAGUAUGUCCAGGACCUCAAGGAACAUGAACUCAAGAGAAAGAAAACCGGGAGUAUCUCUGAGUUGCUGACUACCAUGAAGUGUCUUUGCCUUCACUUCUGGGUAGACGAUGUUAAGAAGGUCGAUGACCUGAGACUAAGCGUGGCUCUGCGUAUGCUCAACUCUCCUCACUUCAAUGCUAAGAUGAACAGUCUCAAGGAGAUUACCAAGAUGAUCGAGGAUACAAGUAUAUCCAGCAGGAAUCGGAAUGCUAUUGAGGAAGAGGUCAUCUUGGACUGGUUGGUGGAGAAUAAAGUUCUAUCAGUAGCACUCGAAGGUAAUAUAGACCAGUCCCAGUAUGCUGACAAGCUGAAGGGCAUCGUUGAGUUCCUAGGACCAAAACUCUCCAUUGAAGAUCUCACCAAGAUAUGGAAGAUGCAGAACGACCAACCACUGACCGUAGUGGACAACAUCCAUUCCAUCAUGGCAGCUGCAGCGGUCAAGUUCAGUGGCGAGCAGCUGGAACACCUCUUCCAUCUCAUUCAAAAGGCAUGGCAGAAUGAAAACGAGCGUGUGCAGGAGAAGCUCUUGAGCCUGAUCGGUAGGAUAGGUCGAGAUGCCAGGAGUCCUAAAACCACCUGCAAGGUCCUGGAACUGCUCUGGGACCUGGCCCACUUACCAGCCAUUCCUAAGAACCACAUGGAACAUGCCUUAGAGGAACACCUCUUUAUCCUGAGUGACUCUCUAGCUGUUGGAAUGCAAAUCAAGAACAAAUACGUUGCAAAGUGUGUGGAAGAUAUCAAGAGGUGUCAGUUCGUAGUACCAGCCCUGAGACAGAUUCACCAGAUAGCCAAGGGUAUCACCAAACAGAGCUACAGCAAGACUGAUAAGAGUUUACCUCAGGAGCUGAACAAGACUUAUGACAUCAUCAAGCUGACCACACAGAGUCUCAUGAAGUGUCAUAAGAUGGCUAUCAAUGCAGCUGGGCAGGAUGGCUUGUCUGGUAGUACUAUAGUGGAUGGCAAGUACACACAUUGUGAGCAUGUUGAGAUCCAUCUGAAAUUCCUUGCAUUCAUUCUACAAGAGGGCGCCCUCUAUCUCCAGUGGCAUCGAGCGAGGGAGAUCUGGGAUACGUUGGUAGCGAACCCAGAAGCUUGUGAGGCAGACAGAGAGACAUGCUAUGAGUGGUUCCGUCAUGGUCUAGCGGACCUGGAGACAGAGACACAGAUGCAGCUCUUCAAGGAUAAGCUACUCAGACUAGAAUCAACCCACCUCUCACCCAUGGGCUUUGACUGUGUACGAGCGUUCUUUGAAUCCAUCAACACAAAUAAUCACAGUCUACGCAAGGGUGCUACAGGACUGAUUGUUGAGAAGCUGGACCUGUUUGGCCUUGAUUUCAUGUGGAAGAUGGUUCUAGAGUCUACCAACGAGUCCAUUGCUGAGAUGGCUAUCAGACAGAUCAUGAGCAUGUCUUAUACCAAUCUAGCUCAGAGACUUAAAAAGGAUGUGCUUGAUCUUCAUAAGCAUUUCAUCUCAGAGUGUUACAAACGUCUGGAGCUGGCGUACAUGGCAGUCAAAGGUACAGCCAUGGCAGAGGCUGUUGCUAUGGCAACUAAGACGUUGACAGCAGUAUCCGUGCCCGAGGCAGCCAUUGUACCAUGUCCAUCAAGGGCGGGUAAGCUGCUGGAAAUCGAGAGACUUCUGCAGCUAGCUGAGACCUACGUUGUGACUGUUGAAGAUCAGUUCACAUCACCACGCACAAUCCUUCCACAUGGUGCAUCCUUCCAGGGUCAUACUAUCACAAUGCAUGUCACAUGUACAGACUCACAUCGUAGUGAGUUUGUCAUAGUGGGUCACAGCAAUGAAACAUUACAGAGUGUAAGACACAAGAUAGCACAGCGUCUCAAGACAACACUAGACAAUGUACAGAUCAUGGCCCAUGAUCGCCUGAUGCUUACUACCAAGGAUCAGAAGCUGUUAUCUGAACUGGAGUUUGAUGAGGAGCAAGAUCUUAACAUCAAGCUUCAUGGACCGGUCAGCUCAACGGUCAGCAGUAGUGCCCGCAUCGAUGAGAACAUGUCAAGUUUUGGACAGCAGUCUGAGCUGGAGCGUUCGUUACCUGGUGUCGUCAUGGCAACUGGUGGUCAAGUCUUUGACAUGCUCUAUCAAACUGCCGAUAUAGAUGAACCAAGGAUAACAGAGAGAGUUCGCAAACUUCUCAUGAUGAUUCCCACGGAUCCAUCGAUACCGGAAUCAUUGGAUUCUAUAUGUAGACAGACUUCGGACAAUGUAACUAGUCUAGGUGGAGAAACGUCAGGGUCUGAGAGCAACAAGGAUUCUUCCAGGGCAACCCUAGAGGGUUUGUUCAGAGCUAACAGUACACAUGGCAUGUCAGCAUUCAGAGUGCUCUACAACCUUGAGGUUCUGAGUAGCAAGCUGAUGCCUUCGAUGCAGGAAGACAUCGGUACCCAAACCAGCGCACAGAACUUCAGAGAGAGCUUCUUAAAUGCAGGAGGUCUGAGUCUAGUCAUCAAUGCCUUGCAGAAAGAUUCCAUUCCACAAGAUGUUGAUGAUGAGACCAGGAGGGGAUGUUAUUCUAUAUGUCUACAGUUAGCAAGAUUUCUACUAUGUGGACAGACCACCACUGAUCUCAAGGAGAGUGAUCUGUCACUCAAUGACAGCAGUGUCUUUGAUAACUCUGGAGCAGAUUCAUCUACUGUCUUCUCAUCUAGCUAUGGAAGCUCACCUCGUAAGAUGAGUCUGUUAGAAAGAAUAUCCAGCGUAGAGGCCAGUGGGGAUCUAGCAAAUAGAGAGGGCACUUCAGUGGCAAUCACAGUUAUUCAGACUAUGAAUGCCAAUGACUUCACAUCGAUGAUCGCCUGUCUAAUGCGUGUAACCUGGGCAGCUGCUGCAGGUCAGCUAAGAUUAGCCAGCGCUAGUCAACCCAUCAAGGAGGUGGCCGGUGGGGGGUUUGCUAUGGGCAUUGGUAGAAGGAGUAGGCAUAGCAGUGCAGGGAGUACAAACAGUUCAUCCAGUCAUGAUAGUGAGUCGCAGGUUUUACAUGCAGGGAUCUGUCUCAAUACUACGGCUGUCAGUGGGAAAGAUGCAGCCAUAGCCAGGGAAGCUCUGGAACUACUUGUAGCUUGUCUCCAGCUUAGGACACAUAACCUAGGUGCCUUAUAUACCCUGCCUGGAGUGAAUGACUUCAUCAUCGACAUCCUCCUCUCCUCGCCCCACCCUGAGGUAAGGGGUGCGGCCCUGGACCAGUUCUACACCCUCACCUCCACCAGCAUCAGUAACGAGAGCGUGAGGAUCCUGCAUCCUCGGGACUUUGUGCUCCAGGUCCUCCUCCAGGCCCGAGUGCCUCUCUGGACCUCCAGCUCACUGGUUAGAGGAGCUAACCAAAGAAUACUGAACCAGUCCGCACAGUACUUUGAGUUGAGAUGCCGUCUUCUGGAGGGAUUGAGGGUGAAUGAGCAGAAGUUCUUGAAGGUCAACAUCGUGUCCAUGUUAGGUGAUGAGAUCGACUGGUUACAUAACUUUGAGCCUGGAGACUCUGAGGAUAUGAACCUAUCUAGUACAGAUAACACCAUCGUAGCAGGUCAUCUUCAUCUUAUCAGGACGCUACUCACAUGUGAGGGGGUCGACAAGAGGAAAAUAGGUGAGAGACUACUGAACAGUCUACUGAACGAGUACCUCUUCCCUGCAUCACGUCUCGUCAUGCAUCAAGGAGAUAACAGUGAGAAAGGAGACUCGAGAAGAGACUACAAUUCAAAGAUAUCUGGCAAAGAAUCACGUGUAGCAGCCUUUGAGCUACUGGUAGUACUGUGUGAGGGCUGUCCAUACAAUCUGCAGAGGAUUGCAUCACAGCUCAUUAAUAUGCAUCAUCAACUGGACCCUUCCAUUGCCAAAGAGUGGGAGUUCUUGCCACCAGUAGAAGGUAGGAUGACCAAGUAUGUUGGUCUGAAGAACGGAGGUGCUACAUGCUACAUGAACGCUGUUAUCCAGCAGCUGUAUAUGACUCCAGGCAUCAGGGAGGGUAUCCUUGCUGGCCACACCCCUGAGAAAGAGAAGGGAGAGGACACCAUCUUCUAUCAGAUGCAGAAUGUCUUUGGCCACCUCCUGGAGAGCAAGCUACAGUACUAUGAACCAGAGAGGUUCUGGCAGGUCUUCAAGUUCUGGGGAGAACCAGUCAACGUCAGGGAGCAGCAAGAUGCCUUUGAUUUUUUCACGAUACUCACCGAUCAGCUGGAUGAGUACCUCAAGAAAUCCGGUCAGAAAGAGGUGAUGAAACAAAAAUUCCAGGGUCUCUAUCUCAAUCAGAUGAUAUGUCAAGACUGCCCUCAUAGGAAAGAGAGGGAAGAAGAAUUCUUUGCCCUGAACCUGACUGUCAAGUCAAACAAUCUCAACGAUUCUUUAGAGCAGUUUGUGAGAGGAGAGAUGUUGGAAGGGGAGAAUGCUUAUCUAUGUGAAGAGUGCAAUGAAAAGAGGAAUACGAUCAAGAGGACAUGUAUCAAGACACUGCCACCAGUCCUGGUCAUUCAGCUCAAGAGGUUCGGUUACGACUGGGAGGCAGGCAGAGCUCUCAAGUUUGAUGACUACUUCAAGUUUCCCUGGGUGUUAGACAUGGAGCCGUUCACAUCUAAGGGUAUGGCUCGUAGAGAGCAGCAGCAGCAGCAGGCCGAUGAUCCGCCCAGCCCUAUGAACUACCAGAGACACGUCUCCUCCCAGAGCUCUACCGAUGAUCUCUACCAGCUGGUGGGUGUGGUCGUUCACAGCGGGCAAGCCAACGCUGGUCAUUACUACUCCUUCAUCAAGGACAGAGGAGGUACGUCCAUGACCAACAUGAGUAAGGGGAAGUGGUUCCGCUUCAACGACACCCAGGUUGAGGAGUUCAUCAUGUCGGAUGCUGCCCUCGAGGCUGAGUGCUUUGGAGGUUCAUUCAGGUCCAAGUCCAAUGAGACUACAGGUUCAUACGGACCUGAGAACAGACUACGAACAUGGAGUGGUUACAUGUUGUUCUAUGAGAAGAUGGAGGGGAUGAGAAGCCCUGACCCUAUGGCUAGGAUAGGACGCAAGGGAUACCAUGGUGAUAUACACGGGAGUAUGGAUGGUCUGAGUUCCCCUGAACUGUCCCCUACAGGAGACAGGAUGAGUGAGCUCUCAGCCCUGGUUCACAAGGGUGAGAAGAGAGGCUUCUUCUUGGAUAAGAUGCCUGCACCAAUCCAGAGACAAAUAGAGGAUGAGAACCUACAGUUCUUGAAGAACAGGGCCGUCUACAACCAGGAGUACAUCACCUUUGUCCGCAAGCUGGCAUCCUGCAGUUUGCAUAUGACAUACCAUCCAGCAUACAGUAUGAUGGCCCAGCAGAGUAUCAAGCUUGCCAUGCACUUUGUUCUCAACACUCUCUUCAGAACAAAGAAGAAACUCCGGUAUGAUUUAGAGGACUGGAGAGAUCUGAUUGAUAGCAUAGUGAAAGACAGUCCGGAAGCUUGUGAAUGGGCCCUGGAAGUCUUGGCAUCAUCACAAGGCAGAGACUACCUCAAGGCCUUCCUACUAGAAUGUCCCAGUCAAGAGGUUCGGAUGGCUAUGGCUAACAUCGUCAAGAGUGUCAUGCAGAGCUUCGUCCUGCGAUCCCAUGACACGCACCAAGCCAACCUGGAUUUCAUCCUUGAGCAUCUCCUGUCUCUCCUGGACAAGGAGGUCCUGGAGCACUGCAGGAGUUGUGUCCAGUACUUCUGGCUCCUCAGCAUGUACCUGGAGCUGGGUUCAGAUACCUGUGAGCACCUGUUCAGGAGGAAAGCUUUCCAGAGACUCAUCACAUUCCUCAUAGGACCUCCUUCAGAGCUUAACGACUUGGACAUCCAGACAAGACGGUGGACUUCACUUCAGACUAGAGAGUUUGGUUUCCUGCACACCAUGCUUGCUGCCAUGGUUCUACACUCAGAUGUAUCUCCAUACUGGUCUGUUGACCUUGGUGACAAGCCUAAGAGGAGACCCAUCUUGAUCCUAGAGAACCUGAACAGAUUAUUACCAGUGCCAGAAGAUAUGAGACAUACUCUGUUUGGUCCUCCAUGCCUCAAGUAUAUCAAGGAGUCUGUGCUAGCAUUCCGUGAAGUUCAUUCCUCGACCACACCCAUUCUUGAUAUGUUGCUACAUUGUAGCUUCUGCAAUGAAGGAUUCACAUUCAAUGUCAUGAUGAUCAUACAUAGUCAAGUAUCGUCUGCUCCAGCCAAUGAGCUGAAGGCUAUCUUUGUGCUGCUAUUAGAGCUACUGCUACUAGAUGAUCCUCUACAGCUAAUAAGAUUGAAGCUGGCCAUGGAAGGCAAUGAAAGCAAUGGACUCUUCAGUAUCAUCCGUAACUGUACGGGCAAUGACAGCCGGCGGUCCUACCAGUGCAUCAAGUUCUUGGUCCAUCUGUCCAACAAGUCACCAGCAGCCAAGGAAUACCUGACAUCGGUCUCCCAGAAGUGGCACUGGGCAGUCAACUGGCUCAAGAAGAAGAUGACAGAGCACUACUGGAACCCUCAGAGUUCCAUCUCCAACGAGUCGUCCACCAGCAAGGGUUUCCAACGCACCAUGAGCGCUCAGGACACCCUGGCCGAAGCCACCGCUCUCCUCACCGAUCUCACCACGCAGGAUGAAGACGAGGAUGAUGAUGCUAUCACCAAGGAGGAGGAUGAGGGAGAAGAGACCACAGAGGGCACCGUCACUCCCAGGAUGGAGGUCAACGGGUCGUCGGAAGGGUCAGAGGUCAAUGGAAACGGCGGUGGGGAGAAGCCGACGGAAAAGAUAAGCGGGAUAGACGAUGUGGAUGGAUAGCUUGAUGAUCAGGAAGGAAAGAGAUUAACUCCUUCCCUACUGGAACCAGAUGGCUCAUGUGUCAAACCUAUGUGAUUGAAAUAAUGCAGGAGUCAAUGGGUUGAGAGAGAAAGGAACCAUGCCUGAGAAGUUGAUUGGGAUAUAGGGUAUGGACAAAUUAUUCUGGUCUGCAUGGCUAUGAUCUGAGCGAAGGAGAUUGGUAGCAGAGAGCUUUAAUGGAGAGGAUAGCAGGUCUGUAAGGAUUGAUCCGGACGAUACACUCUACGUUUUAGUUGAUUCUGUGAAAGGAACAUGGAGGAGUACGGCAUCCUCUUAGCUCCAGAAAGAACAGUUAACCAAGGGUUUGACUUUGACGAGAGUUUGAACUCCAUUGCAUGUACCUGGAGAAAGAGUGAUCAUCACUGUUGGAAUGAAUGCAGGUAGAUCAAGAAACUAAGGGCCUUGAUUGUGUUUUCCAGUACCCAGACCCAGUCCUGGGCCCCGUCUUAUAAACAGUUGAUAUCAAUUGCAACUUAUUUUGUGAUUGAUAUCAAUCGCAACUAUGUACAUAAGAGAUAGGAGACUGUAAACUUGCGAUUGAUCGGAGGACUUGCGGUCGAUUUGGAUCAAUCGCAGGUCUCUACAAGACGGGGCCCUGGAUGCAUAUCUUGUCCAAUAUCUAGUCCUUGUUCAGAAUCUAGACCUAGGCUAAGACACGGAAUCAGUCUCAUCUAUCCCAAGUUUUUGCAGGUCUUUCUCUCAUAGCAUCCUUUUAGACGAGAUGUGAUGAUAACCCUUUUGAUGAAUGUGUUUUCAUUUCCAUGGUUA